AUGGCAAGUCUCUUGAAGGCUACAGGAUAUUCCGUCGUUUCAGCUAUCAGUAUCAACGGCAGAGUGUUCAUGCAGUUGGUAUUGGAUCUGUUGUUUCUGUCCCCAUGGCAUCCAUUAGGUGGAGAUCCGACCGUAUUGACCCAGGCGAGAAUUACGCUAGUAGUUCAGAUUUUCUCGCUGGCAUUCAUGACCGGCGUGACUGUCUGGUUCUUCGCCCAACUCAAAGAACAAAUUGCCCAGUUCUACCCUGCCUACAAAUCAACGACGAACUACCUCAGUCUAUUCCGGCCGGUAUUGCGUUUUAAGCGCCUGGUCAAACACUCCCUAGGGCCGCUCUUUGAAGUGGUACUGCGAAAUGGAGUGUAUUUAUGGUUUGUUGUGGACAUGGUACAGAUGGGCCAGGAAUAUGCUGCAGCAUGGUAUGUAGAUUUAAACCAAACGUGA